CGCGAUGGCGGUCGUGCUGGGCUCGCUGCUGGUGCUGCUGCUGUCGCUGGCGGCGGUGGAGGAGCAGUGCCAGGCCGUGCUCAAAGGGCUGGCCCUGCUGAAAAGCAAGCUGGGGGCCGGCUACGUGGGGAUCACCAAGUACGCGGGACAGACGACCGGGCUCAGCGUCACCUCAGGCGCCUUGAAGCUGCUGGUGCUGAAACCCAAAGUUUCUCCCGAAGUGAAGCUAGAAGCCAGAGCUGCUUUGAAUCAAGCCCUUGAGAUGAAACGGCAGGGGAAGCGCGAGAAAGCCCACAAGCUCUUUGCCUAUGCCCUCAAGAUGGAUCCAGAUUACGUGGAUGCCCUGACCGAGUUUGGUAUCUUUGCAGAAGAGGAGAAAGACAUCCUUCAAGCAGACUACUUGUACUCCAAAGCGCUGACCAUUUCCCCCUGUAAUGAGAAGGCUCUGAUCAACCGGGACCGGACACUGCCUCUGGUGGAAGAGAUAGAUCAGCGCUAUUUUAGCAUCAUCGACAGCAAGGUCAAAAAAGUGAUGGCCAUCCCCAAAGGCAACUCAGCCCUGCGCCGUGUGAUGGAAGAGUCCUACUACCACCACAUUUACCACACGGUCGCCAUCGAAGGCAACACGUUAACGCUCUCUGAGAUACGGCACAUCAUUGAGACCAGAUACGCCGUUCCUGGGAAGAGCCUUGUGGAGCAGAACGAAGUGAUUGGCAUGCACGCAGCCAUGAAGUACGUCAAUGCCACGCUGGUGUCCAGGAUAGGCUCUGUCACCAUCAGUGACAUCCUGGAGAUUCAUCGGAGAGUGCUGGGAUACGUGGACCCUGUGGAAGCAGGGAGGUUUAGGACUAGCCAGGUGUUUGUAGGCCACCAUAUCCCACCCCACCCUCAAGAGGUUGAAAAGCAGAUUCAGGAGUUUGUCCAGUGGAUCAACUCUGAAGAUGCCAUGAGCUUACACCCCGUUGAGUUUGCAGCCUUAGCCCACUACAAACUGGUAUAUAUUCACCCGUUUGUGGAUGGCAACGGUAGGACCUCACGCCUACUCAUGAACCUCAUACUCAUGCAGGCGGGUUAUCCUCCCAUCACAAUCCGCAAGGAGCAAAGGGCUGAGUAUUAUCAUGCCUUAGAAGUAGCCAACGAAGGAGAUGUGAGACCUUUCAUCCGCUUCAUUGCCAAAUGUACUGAGACCACUUUAGACAUGCUGCUUAUUGCCACCACAGAAUAUUCGGUGGGUUUACCUGAAGCAGACGGCAGCACUGCUGGCUACAAACAAACUAUUCCAGUCAAAACCUGAGUGUUACAGAGCCUGUCUGACUAUGGCCAAAACUAGAGAAUGUCUGGAAUAUUCAAAAGUCACUUUACUGUUCCCGUCAAGAAACAGCUCCGCAGGAAAAGCAGCAGUCACCUCUUCUAGCACUUCAUUUAUUUAAAUUCUAGUAAAUUAAUCCCUAUGUAAAACUAACUUAUUUAUUGUACCUGAUGCCAAGCUCAAAUGUGAAUUGUCGCGUUUGAAUGUGUGCUAGGACCAGCUUGUGCUUCUGGAAGGAGAAGGGGAGGACAGGCCAAAGCAAAGCCAGUGUGCCGACACUAUUCAGUGAGUUGUAGUCAACUUAGCGGCCUUGCUUUCCAAAACCUCACAGCGUUCAGCUUCCCAAGGCUUAAAUUAACACAAGGCCACUAAUUGCCUAGAUGACAAGAUUUUUGGUUACAUACCUUUGACAGGCCCAACUUUCCCCCACAGAUGUCAAGAGAGUAAGGACUGAGCUGGUUUAAAAAGCAGCAUCACUUCUGCGUGUUAGCUAAUGUUAUUCCUCCCGUCCAACGAAUAGCCCUUCUGUCACAGUUGUAGCAGUAGCCUUAUCUCCUCAGCAGAAUUCGUUCAACUGCCUUUGCAGUUGAGGUGUACAAUCUUCCCACUCCCCUGCCAGGUGCCUUUCUGCUGUCUUAGUUAACCAGCCAGUGCUAGAGGUAGCAGUUAAAAUUAGUGAGGGUAACUUCUGUUUUUAUACUUAGCAGCACUUCGUAUAGUUUCAGUUUCUUUUGGCUGGGCAAGUUUCAUACAGUGCCUGGAAAGAGGUUUUUUAGGUGGGUUUAAAUAGAAAGUCUAAUUUGGAGUUAACCGGACUGCAGGCUGCUCUUGCUCUACCUUGUGCCAAAGGACCAUAUUGUGCCACCUGCAGCAGUAGCAAAGCACACUCCCUUCAGCACAGAAUUACCAGGAAAGGAAGGGCGCCUCUGUACAAACACUCACACCCCAUGCCUGAAAGCAGCUUGCCUCUGCAGUCACAGGAGGAAAGGGUGGUUCUGCUCAGGAUUCAGUUCCAACUCCACCCUUGCUGUAGGGGGAGAGAGAGUGUUUCUCUGUAGCAGGUGUCCCGAGGCUCUCUCCACUACCAGACUAUGGUGUGUUAUCAUAACCAAAUGGGCGCAAGCUCUUUCCAAUGUUUAGAUUUUGUUUCUGGUGCUGCAGUAAAGGUGGCUGAAAGCAGGAACAGACUGGGCCCUGAUAGGAUGCUCUAAGCGGAGCACUCAAAAGACUUGUGUAACAUAGCUUCCUGGCACUUAGUCCCCAGUAACUUUUGACUAGUCUCAUUAAAAUUAUGUAAAUGCUUAAAGUGGCAAAAACCUAAUGAAAAGUUUCAGGCAGCAUCAAGACCUCUCUCAUCCCUGCUCACACCUUAAAGCAUGUGAAGCCUGUUUUUAUGCUACAGUAGCUUUUUAUAGCCUUCCUGCCCCCUACGCCAGCACCAUUAAACUGACUAGCUUGCAAGUAAGAUCUGUAAGAGAUCCGCACGCUCCAACUUGGAUGAUAUACAGCAGCUUCCCCAAGCCUGAGAAUGCUAUUAAUGUUUUACACAUCACUGACUGGCAGGGGCUCCAUGCUCACCUGUCUGCUCCUAACGUCUCCACGAGCAUAACUGCCCUGUAGCACUUCUGAGUUUUCCCCACCCCUGCCAAAGGACAAUAUCUCUCACUUGGGGCUGAAAUUUAAUAAAUAUUGCACUGGGGAGUAAGCUUUAUGACCAAACUAAAGCAGAGACCCUGUCAAGAUCUGAAGUUGCCUAUGUUAAUUCAAGCUGGUCCAUGUUUGUGUAUUAUUAUUUAACAUACUUAUUAAGGUUGACAGGGACAGCGAACAAUGCAAGUUUUUAAAAGAAAAAGCAUGCUUAUUUUUGUAGCGCGAAAGAGACGAGAAAUUCUGCACUUUAGUUAUUUGUCAAAAUGUUAUUUUUAGUAACGAUCUAAUAAAAUAUUUUGUUAUGUAAAGCUUC